GGCAGGGACCCCGGGGCCGAGCGCGCCGCCGGGACCCCGCCCGUGCCCGCGCGCCGGAGCUAGCCAGAAAAAUCCGUUUUCUUCUGCGGAGGGCGAGCCCGGACAGCGUCGACGUCGCGGAUCUGGUAACAUGGCCAAAGAUGCCGGUCUAAUUGAAGCCAACGGGGAACUCAAGGUCUUCAUAGACCAGAACCUUAGUCCUGGAAAAGGCGUGGUGUCCUUGGUAGCUGUCCACCCCUCCGCAGUGAGCACGCUGGGGAAGCAGCUGUUGCCAAAAACAUUCGGACAGUCCAAUGUCAACAUUGCACAGCAAGUGGUAAUUGGUACGCCUCAGAGACCUGCAGCGCCCAACACUCUGGUGGUAGGAAGCCCACACACCCCUAACACUCACUUUGUCUCCCAGAACCAGCCUUCAGACCCCUCACCUUGGUCUGCCGGGAAGCGGCACAGGAAAGGGGAGAAGAACGGGAAGGGCCUGCGGCACUUCUCCAUGAAGGUGUGCGAGAAGGUGCAGAGGAAGGGGACCACGUCCUACAAUGAGGUGGCCGACGAGCUGGUCGCAGAGUUCAGUACCGCCGACAACCACAUCCUACCAAACGAGUCCGCUUACGACCAGAAGAACAUACGACGGCGCGUCUACGAUGCCUUGAACGUGCUGAUGGCCAUGAACAUCAUCUCGAAGGAGAAGAAAGAGAUCAAGUGGAUCGGCCUGCCCACCAACUCGGCUCAGGAGUGCCGGAAUCUAGAGGUGGAGAGGCAGAGGCGGCUUGAACGGAUCAAGCAGAAGCAGUCUCAGCUCCAGGAGCUCAUCUUGCAGCAAAUCGCCUUCAAGAAUCUGGUGCAGAGGAACCGGCAGGCGGAGCAGCAGGCCAGCCGGCCGCCCCCGCCCAACUCCGUCAUCCACCUGCCCUUCAUCAUCGUCAACACCAGCAAGAAGACCGUCAUCGACUGUAGCAUUUCCAAUGACAAGUUCGAGUAUCUCUUCAACUUUGACAACACGUUUGAGAUCCACGACGACAUAGAGGUCCUGAAGCGGAUGGGGAUGGCCUGCGGGCUGGAGUCCGGGAGCUGCUCUGCUGAGGACCUGAAGGUGGCGAGAAGCUUGGUGCCGAAAGCGCUGGAACCUUACGUGACAGAGAUGGCUCAGGGAUCCAUUGGAGGGGUGUUCGUCACGUCAUCGGUGUCGACCUCGAAUGGCACGCGGCUUUCUGCCAGUGACCUGACCAACGGUGCGGACGGCAUGCUGGCCACAAGCUCCAGCGGGUCCCAGUACAGCGGCUCCCGGGUGGAGACCCCCGUGUCCUAUGUCGGGGAGGACGAGGAGGAGGACGACGACUUUAAUGAGAACGAGGAGGAGGACUGACGCCUGCCUGCGGCCCACCCUCGCGGUCUGCGUCGGGAGCACUGGUUCGGGAGCGGCUGCUUCUGCUGUGGGCGUGUGUUUCUUUCUGGCCUCCUCCCCGGGACCCGGUGGCGAGCUGCUGACCGGCCACGCGGCUCCGGCGAGCAGGCGAGGGCCGUGUCCCGCGGGGUCUCGGGGUGAGCGGUGGGGUGUCUCCACGCCAGUGGUCGCUCGGGCCCCUUCCUCACUGUCUAGGGUUGUGUCUCCAUUGUCUGUCCCCAUCCAGCCUUCCCUUUGCUCCCCGCCCUUGCCGAGCGCGCCGGAGCACUGGUGUGCCAGCCGGGUCACCAGGGCGGGUUGCGCGUGUCUGCCGGGGUGUGCGGCCCCUGCUGAUGCCGGCCCGUCCCGGGGCGUCGGGGGGCCUGGUGCACGGCGGCUCUGCUUUUCCUUGUUCGGCACCGUCAGCUGUAUCGUGACUAUUUUCCCUUAAAUUAUAUUGACUGUGAUUCCGUCCAGUUUAUACUUUUCUCUCCGUUGCAGCAAAUUGCGAAGUUCUGUUUCUGUUUUUGUUCGUUCAGAGUCUCCUGCCGUGCUGCUGUGGCGGCGACCGUGGCGGGAGGCUCGGGCGCGCGUGCCGCUGGGGAGGCCGCCUGAUUUCUCCCAGGCGGGCAUGACGCUGGGGUCGUUGUUCACAGGCCAGCACGUCUGUCAUCUGAGGACACGAACUGAAACAAACGUCUUUGUUCCGUGGCCGCCUCCUGUAAUCUGUGAUGAAGUCGACAUUAAAUAGAGAGAACAUUCUAACAGUUUUUUAACUCAGAAUUUGUCAAUCAUUUUUAAUAGUUCUUUUUUUAUAAGAAGAAAAAGGAAUUUCAGGACAGGCAGUAGUCCCUUUUAAAAUUUAUUCACAAAGACCCAUUAACCGCACAGUUGCCGUCAGCUGCCUGUUCUAAACAGUAGUCUUUUUAUUGAAACACAAAUAAACUUUUCUGUAAUAUUUUAUGGAAUAUAAAGAGACUUUAAUUGUUUGACUUGUUUAACUUGGCACUGUUAGUUUUUAUUAAUAAAACGCGCAUGGGCAUUUU